AUGAAAUACAUCCAAACUGAACAACAAAUCGAAGUCCCAGAAGGUGUCACUGUCAGCAUCAAGUCCAGAAUCGUCAAGGUUGUCGGUCCAAGAGGUACCUUGACCAAGAACUUGAAGCACAUUGAUGUUACCUUCACCAAGGUCAACAACCAAUUGAUCAAGGUUGCUGUUCACAACGGUGACAGAAAGCAUGUUGCUGCUUUGAGAACCGUCAAGUCUUUGGUUGACAACAUGGUCACUGGUGUCACCAAGGGUUACAAGUACAAGAUGAGAUACGUUUACGCGCAUUUCCCAAUCAACGUCAACAUUGUUGAAAAGGAUGGUGCUAAAUUCAUUGAAGUCAGAAACUUUUUGGGUGACAAGAAGAUCAGAAACGUUCCAGUCAGAGACGGUGUUUCUAUCGAAUUCUCCACCAAUGUUAAGGACGAAAUUGUCUUAUCUGGUAACUCCGUUGAAGACGUUUCUCAAAACGCCGCUGACUUGCAACAAAUCUGUCGUGUCAGAAACAAGGAUAUCCGUAAAUUUUUGGAUGGUAUCUACGUUUCUCACAAGGGUUUUAUUACUGAAGAUUUAUAA